AGAUGGUCCGAUCUAAUUAGGCCGAGAUUUAAUCGAGUAAAAUAUCUUCAUUUGUUCGAAUUUAGUAAUUCGGUUGAUUAUAUCGAUGCGAAAAGUUUGUGAAUGAAUGAGGAUACGAAGUGGAAUUAUUACAAUUUAUUCCAAUUGUUUCCGAACAUUAAGAUUAUAGAUACUGUGGUCUUUGAUUAUCAUGGAUCUUUCAAUUUACCAGAAAUUGUCAAAAAUAAUCCACAAAUAAAGGGAUUGAUUGGUAAUUUUGAUUUCAAAAACAACGUUUAUGACUUUGCAAAUAUCGAAAUGUUCGCUUCAGAUAUUAUUAUUAAUAAUUUCGAUUAUAAAAAAGUUUUUCGACCUGAUCAGUUGAAACAAGUUCACGGCCUCUAUAUUGAUAUGAGUGAUCUUCCUUCAUUCAUUAAAUAUUUUCCAAAUUUGAAGCGACUCCACUUAGAACUCUGUGCAGCGGACGGAGUUUUUUACAAUGGACCGAAUUUGUCCGCGUUAAAGAUUCUUGAACUUGGUACAUCCGAUUUUAUUGAAAAGGAAUUCACCGGAUUUCAUUUCAUGGAUUUUUGUACAUCUUUGGAAAGCGCUUUCAUACGCACUUACUUCUGGGCAAAGGAUAUUUAUGUAAAUGAAUCGAUAAAGAAUUACAAUCUAAGAGAUUUGGUUAUCGAUAAUGUAAGUCAAUCAUCGAGUGAUAAAUGUUUCUAACAUUUUAUUUGA